CCGCCACCCAACCAUACACGAAGGAGGAGGAGGAGAAGAUGGCCGCCAUCCUGCAGGAAAGGAAGGAGAAGGAGGCCAAGAAGAAGGCCUUGAAAGAGGAACAGGCGGCCUAACUAAAGAAGAUGGAAGAAGAGAUGGCCAGGGAGAAAGAGAGGUUGAAAAAGGAAAAAGAAGAGAAGCUGAAGGAGGUGGAUGAAGAAGAGGAAGGACCGUCACUGCAAAAGAGUGGGCAGCACAACGGCAACAGCAGUGAUGAGAUGGAGAAGAAGAUUUCGGAGUGGGUUGCCAACUUAUCCCUGGGUGAGGAGGAAGAGGUUGCUAUGUACAUCCCCAAGGAUGAGCAAGAAGCCGCCACGAAGAAAUGGGAAGCAGAAGAAGAUGUUCUGACGCGGCGGGCGAUGGAGGAUGAACAAAGGAUGGCGUGGAAGCUCGCAGUGAUGAGGGAGAAGAAGAGAAGAGUGGAGGCGGCGAAUGCAGCAAUGCAAGAACUAGCGGAGGUGGCUGCUCCCAAGGAGGAGGAGGCCCGUCCUCGCAGGGAGCCAGUCAAAGUCAAAUUCCCUGAUUCCUACAGUGGGAAAAGGGAAGAGAACUUUGACAAUUGGGAGACCAAUGUUAAGACCUAUGUGCAUUUGCAACAGGUCUCCCCGGAUCAGCAGGUCUUAAUUGCGAUCCAUGCACUUAGAGACGAGGCCGCCAGUUUCGCGAGAUCCCUUGUUCGUGCUGCCAACUGUAGUGACGAUCCUGUUGCGUACUCCUCGUUUACGUCCCUCAUUGAAUUCUUGAAGCUGCUGCGCGAGCGAUUCGCUGAUGUUGCUCGUAGUGUCAAAGCCUCAGAUUGGCUUCAGACAAUACACUCGCGCCAAUGGAAGAGUGCAAGGGCACUCAAGGGCACAAUGGAUGAGUUGGUGGCUGUUCCUGACCACAAGGUCACGAAAACCCAGUUGGUCAACCUUUUCUACCGGGCUAUGCCCGAAACGCUACGUGGUCACUUCUUUGACAAGAGUCAGGACCCUGCUAUGACUUAUGAUAUACCCGGCAGGGAAGUGGUCGCGUUCGAGGCGAAGUCUGCAUCGAUUUCCACCUUCUGGCACAAAGAUUUAGACAAGGGCAAAAAGUGGAAGGGCCACACUAUCUCAGGGCAAGUCAAGACCAAGGAUAGCCUUGUGCUCACUUUAGAUGAGGGUAGUGUGGACGAGAUCCCCUACGACCAGAUUGAAUGGGGGUUCGAGGAGGAGGACAGUAGUGUGGGCCACGGGAGGACUUACGCUGCUGUCGCGGCUGGAGGGAGGCCGCAAGGAGUAGACAGACAACUCAGCAAGUACCGUGGGCCGCCAGUAGGGGUAGCAACUGCCCCUACCACUACGCCAUGUGGGGUAAAUAGCGCUAGCCGGCAGGAGACUCCCACAUCACAUGUGCCUACGGCAGAGGUUGCAGGCCGGUGUCUAGACAACUGUCCCGAGAGUGCUUGUGUUAGAGUUUCGCUAGACACCUCCCUCACAGGCGUGGCGGAAGAGUUGAAGGAGAGGAGGCCCGCCUGGGCCAAGAUGAAGAAGGAGAAUAAAGGGCAGCUCAUUUUAUUAGAUGCAGAGAUUUUUAGAAGUAGACUAGGGGCCCUAGUAGACUCAGGGGCCACCCGCAACUAUAUUAGUAAGCAAGCGCUGCAAAAGUUGAGGCUAGGACUUAAGGUCCAGAAACUAACAGACCCCAUAGUUAGUAUCCUCGCGGACAAUCGUACCAUGGUUGUCGAGGAUUACGUAGAGGGAGUUCAGGCGUAUUUCCACCUAGAGAAAGAUGGGAAGGUGGAGAAGGUCCUCCACUCCCUGACUCUCCUCGUAGAGGACAGCCUCCCGUUUGAUAUAGUACUGGGAAUGGAUUGGGGAGAGGCAGUCGGGGCAACGCUCCAUCUGAAGGAGCACGAGUGUAGACUCCCUAGUUCGGCAGGCGAGGCUAAGACUGCCCGCCUGUUUCAUGUGUCAGGAGUAGAGAAUUCCUUGGCACAUUGCUGCCUUUGUGCCCCUGCGUUCGCCAGAUUGGUGAAGAAGGAGAAAUUAGAGGAACAGGUCUUUGUUGCCUAUGUUAGGCCCGUCACUGAGCCUACGGAAGAGAAGCCGAUGGACCCUGCGAUUGCCAAGCUGCUGGAGGAGUUUAAGGAUUUGACUGAGCCGCCGACAGGCACGGUGCCACGGCCCAUCCAGCAUCGUAUHGAGAUAGAGCCUGGCAGUAGAACUCCUAAGGGUGUUGUGUAUAGGAUGUCCCCGCAAGAGUUAGAGGAGCUUCGCAAGCAAUUAGACGAGCUCCUCGAGAAGGGUUGGAUUAGGCCCAAUUCGUCUCCUUUCGGAGCGCCUGUUCUCUUUGUUCCUAAGAAAGAGGGAGAGCUGAGAAUGUGCAUAGACUAUAGGGGUCUGAAUGCUAUUACAGUAAAGAAUGUUGAGCCACUGCCUAGGAUCGAAGAUCUCUUAGAUCGAGUGCAGGGGGCUAAGUAUUUCUCUAAGAUAGACUUAAGGUCCGGAUAUCAUCAGAUAGAGGUACACCCUGAUGAUCAGUAUAAGACAGCCUUCCGGACUAGGUACAGGCAUUAUGAGUUUAUAGUGAUGCCCUUUGGACUAACCAAUGCGCCAACAACUUUUCAGCGGUGUAUGAAUGAUUUGUUUAGGCCGUGGUUAGACAGAUUCGUUGUAGUUUAUCUAUAUGACAUCCUAGUGUUUAGCCGGACCCUCCAAGAGCAUCAGGGUCAUCUCAGGCAAGUCUUGGAGAAGCUAAGAGAAGCUAACUUCAAGAUCAAUGCAAAGAAGUGUGAUUGGGAGAAGACCCAAGUUUUGUAUCUAGGCCACGUCUUAGACGGAGACGGCGUUAAGCCAGAAGAUAGCAAGAUCGCAGCGAUUAGAGAUUGGCCCACGCCACGUACGCUGACAGAGUUGCGCUCGUUCCUGGGCUUAGCGAAUUACUACAGGAAGUUCGUAAGGAACUUCUCCACCAUCGUUGCGCCCCUGAGAAAAGAGACAAUCUGGAAGUGGGACAAGGACUGCACGUCCGCCAUGAAGAAGCUAAAGCAGGCGUUGAUAGAGAAUCCGUUCCUUAAGGUCGCCGAUCCGUCCUUGCCUUUUGUUGUUACUACGGAUGCUAGCCAGUACGGCAUAGGAUGGCUAUAGACCCGUAGAGUUCAUGUCCGCUAGGAUGCCUUCAGAGAAGGUUGCGACAUCUACCUAUGAGAGGGAACUCUACGCUCUCAGGCAAG